GCUCGGAUUUAUCAUCGACUUUCUUUCAAAAGCAACGCUGAUAGGAUUUAUGGCGGGUGCAGCAAUUAUUGUUUCCCUUCAGCAGCUAAAGAGCCUUAUGGGGAUUACACAUUUUACCAAACAAAUGGGGAUUGUUCCUGUUUUGACCUCUGUUUUCCACAACAUACACGAGUGGUCAUGGCAAACAAUACUGAUGGGCUUUUGCUUCCUGGUCUUCCUGCUUCUGACAAGACAUAUAGUACGUCUUCUUAUAUUACG